CCUUCUUGUGACUCCAGCAUGGAGACUCUGAGAUAAACAAGCCAAGUUUAGCUGAAGGAGCGUUUAUGAAGUUGGAGUCUGAGCCGCUUCUUCUUUUUUUGUGAAUUUUAGAGUGAAAUAUUAUUUAAAGAUAAAACAAGACGAUUAUUAAUUUGUAAAAUCAUGCCAUCCUCCUGCGACUCUCUCAUCGACGAUAUCGAGGACAUGGUGUCCUCCAGCGAGCCGGUUCCUCUCCAGCGCUCCUCCAGCAGGCGAUCCGUCGUUCCCCGAGUGAGAAAACGGAAAGAUCACACAGAUAACGAGGAGCUGCAGGCGGACAGUGUGAUCCCGGGCACGCAGAAAGUGUGGUUGAGGACGUGGGGCUGCUCACAUAACAGCUCAGACGGAGAGUACAUGGCCGGACAACUGGCUGCAAGCGGCUACAAGAUGACAGACGACCCGUCCGAUGCAGAUGUUUGGCUGCUAAACAGCUGCACGGUCAAAAACCCAGCAGAAGAUCACUUCAGGAACAACAUCAAGAAGGCUCAGGAGCAGAAUAAGAAGGUGGUGGUGGCAGGAUGUGUUCCUCAGGCUCAGCCCAGGAUGGAUUACCUCAAAGGCCUGAGCAUUAUCGGGGUCCAGCAGAUUGACCGCGUGGUGGAGGUGGUGGAUGAAGCGGUGAAAGGUCACUCUGUACGUCUGCUUGGCCCGAAGAAAGAUAAUGGAAAGCGGCUUGGUGGCGCUCGAUUGGAUUUACCGAAGAUUAGGAAGAACCCGCUGAUUGAAAUCAUUUCCAUCAAUACAGGAUGUUUGAACGCUUGCACUUACUGCAAAACCAAGCACGCGCGAGGUGAUCUGGCCAGUUACCCCGUCGAAGAACUGGUGGAACGAGCCAGACAGUCCUUCCAGGAGGGAGUGUGUGAGAUCUGGCUGACGAGCGAGGACACGGGUGCUUACGGCAGAGACAUCGGCACGGAUCUGCCCACGCUGCUGUGGGAGCUGGUGAAGGAGAUCCCCGAGGGCUGCAUGCUCCGCUUGGGCAUGACCAACCCACCUUACAUCCUCGAGCACCUGGAGGAAAUGGCGAAGAUCCUGACUCACCCGCGGGUGUACGCCUUCCUGCACGUCCCCGUCCAGUCAGCAUCCGACAGCGUGUUAAUGGACAUGAAGAGAGAGUACUGCUGCGACGACUUCACACACGUCGUCGACUUUCUCAAGGACAGGGUUCCAGGCAUCACCAUCGCCACCGAUAUCAUCUGCGGCUUCCCGGGAGAGACGGACGAGGAUUUCCAGCAGACGAUGGAGCUCGUGAGAAAGUACCGAUUCCCGAGUCUCUUCAUCAACCAGUUCUACCCACGACCCGGAACUCCUGCGGCCAAAAUGGAGCAGGUCCCGGCUCAUGUGAAAAAACAGAGAACCAAAGAGCUGUCUGCGUUGUUCCACUCGUAUAGCCCUUACGACCAUAAGGUUGGCGAGCGGCAGAGCGUGUUGGUCACUGAGGAGUCGUUUGAUGCUCAGUUCUAUGUUGCGCACAACAAAUUCUAUGAACAGGUUCUGGUUCCCAAAAAGCCAGAGUUUAAAGGAAAGAUGAUCGAGGUGGACAUCUUCGAGGCGGGGAAGCACUUCCUGCGAGGUCGUCCUGUGGAGGACUCCACCGUCAUCACGCCAUCCAUCAGCCAGCCGCUAGAGAAGGGAGAAAUCUCCGGCCUCAGUCAGAAUCUCAGUGCUUCAAGUCAGAAUGGAGUUCACGUCCCCCUGACGUCCCCAACAUCGUUUGGUUGCUCGUGGAACCUGGAUGGUCAAGGACUGAAGCUGCUUUCAGGAGGAUUGGCUCUGCUGGCCAUUGUAGCGCUUUUCAUCUUUGAGAAACUUCAGUGACAUUGAAACGGAGCCCGGCGUAUUGUGUUGCGAGCGUGUUGUGAACGACAGGAUCUGCCAAACGUCGCACAUUUGUAAAGUCAAACCGAGGCGAUGUACUUCAUGAGCUUUUGAGUUCCCUGAAAGAAUGGAAGACACGGCAAAGGGUUUUAUGAUUUCUAAUAAAGUUCACCUUCAACACAGAAA